GGCGGGGCCGCCCUGAGGAGAGCGGUGUUGCGGCUGGUAUCGGCUGAGGGGCGGUGAUCGGGCGGCAGGUGCUCCGUGAGGGCUGCGCCGCUGUGGGGAGAGCGGCACUGGGCGGGCGGAGCUGGGACUGCGGCGAUGCCACAGGACGUCAUGGCAGCCCAUCAGGAGAAAAAACCUUCUGAAGAAAGAAAACACAGAAGCGCCCAAAAUGGUACUCGAACACCUCAAGCCCAGUGGGGAAGAGCAUGGGAGGUGGACUGGUUUUCCUUGGCAAGCAUCCUUUUCCUGCUCAUGUUUGCGCCGUUUAUCGUAUAUUACUUCAUAAUGUCCUGUGACCAGUACCAGUGCUCUCUGACUGAUCCGCUUACUGACUUGUUCACGGGGAAUAAACAUCUGUCUGACAUCUGGAACAAGACUCCGACCCUGACCUAUAGGGCUGCUGGCAUCUAUACCCUUUGGGUCACUUUCCAGGUGUUUCUGUAUGUGUUUGUUCCUGACUUCUGCCAUAAAUUUCUCCCUGGAUAUGUAGGAGGUGUACAAGAAGGUGCUGUCACCCCUGCUGGUGCAGUGAAUAAGUAUGAAAUCAAUGGACUUCAGGCUUGGAUCAUUACCCACAUGCUUUGGUUUGCAAAUGCCUAUUACUUCCAAUGGUUCUCGCCCACCAUCAUUUUUGACAACUGGAUUCCUCUCCUAUGGUGUGCCAAUGUCCUGGGAUACGCAGUUUCCACAUUUGCAAUGAUUAAAAGCUACUUCUUCCCUACCAAUGCCAAAGACUGCAAAUUCACUGGCAACUUCUUUUAUGACUACAUGAUGGGGAUUGAAUUUAACCCUCGAAUAGGAAAAUGGUUUGAUUUCAAGCUGUUCUUCAAUGGGCGUCCUGGUAUUGUAGCCUGGACUCUAAUUAACCUUUCCUAUGCUGCUAAGCAACAGGAGCUGUAUGGUCAAGUAACCAACUCCAUGAUCCUUGUCAAUGUCCUUCAGGGUAUUUAUGUUUUGGACUUCUUCUGGAACGAAGCCUGGUAUUUGAAAACCAUUGAUAUCUGCCAUGAUCAUUUUGGAUGGUAUUUGGGCUGGGGAGACUGUGUUUGGUUGCCUUACCUCUAUACUUUGCAGGGUUUAUAUUUGGUUUACCACCCUGUGCAGCUGUGCACAGCUAAUGCCAUAGGCAUCUUGGUGUUGGGCUUGAUCGGCUAUUACAUCUUCAGAAUGACCAACCACCAGAAGGACCUCUUCCGUCGUACAAAUGGCAACUGCAAGAUAUGGGGGAAGAAGCCGGAGUAUAUUGAGUGCUCCUACAUGUCUGUGGACGGGACCAAGUACUACAGCAAACUGAUGACCUCGGGGUUCUGGGGGUGGGCACGUCAUUUUAACUACACAGGAGACUUGAUGGGCUCCCUGGCCUAUUGCCUAACUUGUGGGUUUGAACACAUCUUGCCUUACUUCUACAUUGUUUAUAUGACUAUUCUGCUAACCCACCGUUGCAUUAGGGAUGAACACCGUUGUUUCAGCAAAUAUGGGAAGGACUGGAAGCGCUACACUGCUGCAGUGCCUUACCGGCUCAUACCAGGAAUAUUUUAAGGCUAACAGAGAAUCCAGGGGAAAGAAAGAAAGUAACUUUUUUUUUUUGGAGGUAAAGAGAGUUUAUCCACAUAGUUUAACUAACAAAAACACUUUGUGAAGGACACCGGUACAGUUCUGAAGAAGAAAAUGUGGCUGGACAAUAAUCCUUGCUGUACUGAAGGAACGUGCAAACAGGCUGUAUUUAAAGUAAAUUAAAUGAGGCACUGAGAUGGCCUGUUUUUCUUCUUUCUUGUUCCUUUUUUUAGUAGACCUUUUUACCUUGGACUUUGGGGUGUUUGGUUUUUUUCUUCUCAAAAUUAACUUGGAAUUGAAGAAAAGUUGCAUGUAUUGAGACUCCUGAAAUCUCCCAAAGAUAGGAGGAAGCCUUACCCUUCAGAGUAGCAGAGUUCUGGGACCAGUUUCCAGUGACUCAGGAGAGGAGGAAAAAAAUUGUGUGAUCUGUUUAUGAAAGCCACUGCAUGACGUGGUUGCUUGUGACGGUCAUAACCCUCAGUCGGUAACUCCCCAAAGGAGGUGUUAUUGUUUGUUCCAUUUCAAGAGGUUAACUGGGGAAAUAUUGAACUGGGGAACCUGAUCCUAAACUGGUCUGGGGGAAGAUUUUUAUAAUCUAGUACAAAUAUUUGUGAAAGCCGGUAUAAAUUGGUACACCUCAAAAGUUACGGUAGUUGACAGCACCGGAGAAUAUGGUACAUGACCAGCUGGGUACUACUUUGAUACUGAAACCAGCCUUGCCUGGUGAAGAUACUGAGCAUACCUUGAUUUAUUUAGUGUUGGUAGAAAACUUUGUUCUCUGUCAUUUGUAUAAAAUCCUAUUUGUAAAAAUUUAAGAAAUAAAUGUUUGGUUCCAAGACAAGUAAAAAAUAGUGUUAACUUUC